AUGAAGACCGUCGCUGCUCUUGCUCUUACCGCCUCCAUGGCCAACAUGGUCGCUGGCCAUGCCAUCUUCCAGCAACUCUGGGUCAACGGUGAGGACCAGUCCUCCACCUGUGUCCGCAUGCCCGCCUCCAACUCCCCCGUCACCGACGUGACCUCCAACGACAUGCGCUGCAACGCCGGUGCCGCCAAGGCCGCCAGCACCUGCGGUGUCAAGGCCGGUGACACCAUCACCGUCGAGAUGCACCAGCACAACGACCGUGACUGCACCAAGGAGGCCAUCGGCGGUGCCCACCACGGCCCCGUCAUGAUCUACCUCAGCUCUGUCGCCGACGCCGCCACCGCCGACGGUUCCAGCUCCUUCUUCAAGGUCUUCGAGUCCGGCUACUUCGAGGGCAACAAGACCUGGGGUAACGACCUCAUCAACGAGGGCUGCGGCAAGCAGAACUUCGUCAUCCCCUCCGACGUCGCCCCCGGUGACUACCUCCUCCGUGCUGAGACCGUCGCUCUCCACGCCGCCGGCUCUGAGGGUGGUGCUCAGUACUACAUGUCUUGCUACCAGCUCAAGAUUGAGGGCUCUGGCUCCGCCAAGCCCGAGGGUGUCACUUUCCCUGGUGCCUACAAGGCCACUGACCCUGGUCUGUUGAUCAACAUCUACAACACCAUCGCCAACUACGUCAUCCCCGGCCCUGCCGUCUACGGCUCCGGCUCUUCCGGCUCUGCCCCCGCCGCCCCUGCUUCCUCUGCUCCCGCUGCCGCUCCCGCUUCUUCCGCCCCGGCUGCUGCCCCCUCUGCUCCCGCUGCCACCCCCAGCGCUGCUGCUCCCAGCGCCGCUGCCCCUACCACCCUCGUCACCUCCGCUGCUGCCGCUCCCUCUACCCCCGCCGCUUCCACCUCUGCUGCUGCCGCCACUCCCACCUCCGGCUCCAGCACCGGCUGCAAGCGCCGCCGCGCCCGCAAGGCCCGCCGCUCUGCCCACUACUAA